AUGGGUGAUUCUCAAAAGGAGAUAGAAGUUCCUUCCUUUUUUGUAUGUCCGAUUUCUCUAGAUAUCAUGAAAGACCCUGUAACUCUCUCCACAGGAAUAACAUACGAUCGUGAAGCCAUAGAGAAAUGGUUGUAUACUCGAAAGAACAGCACGUGUCCCAUCACCAAACAAGUUCUCACCGAUUUAGAGCUCACCCCAAACCACACCCUUCGUCGAUUGAUCCAAUCUUGGUGCACAAUUAAUGGGCCAUAUGGUAUCGAAAGAUUCCCCACUCCACGGAUCCCAAUCUCCAAAUCACAAAUCUUGAAGCUUCUACAAGAUUCUAAGUCUCCUAAUAUGCAGAUGAAGUGUUUGAAGAGGCUAAAGACGAUUGUUUUGGAAAGUGAUAUGAAUAAACGGUCAACGGAAGCAGUUGGAGCAGCUGAAUACCUAUCGUACAUCAUAUGUAACCCUAGUUCUUAUCUGUCGUCACCAUCACCGGCGAUUGAAGUUUCUCAGAUCGACGGAUUUGAUAAUUUGCCGACAGAUGUUGACGAAACGGUGAGCAUCCUUUACCACCUUCAUUUGUCAAAAACGGGCCUUAAAUCCUUGUUUGGAAGGACCGAUGAGUUUGUUGAUGCAUUGACUAGGGUGAUGGAACGCGCCACCAGUUCUGAGUCUCGCACCUAUGCCGUCUUACUGCUGAAGUCGAUGUUCGAGGUGGCUGAACCCAUUCAAAUGAUAUCCAUAAAGCCUCAUCUCUUGAAGGUGCUUACACAAAUAUUGGCCAAUCAAAUCUCACAAAAGGCAACAAAAGCUGCACUGAAAUUACUCAUCGGCGUUUGUCCAUGGGGUCGGAAUAGGAUAAAAGCGGUGGAGGCAGGAGUAGUUUCUGUAUUAAUCGAUACCCUCCUCGAUUGUACUGAUCAAAAGAGGGUCCCGGAGAUGGUGUUGACACUGUUAGACCAUCUUUGCCAGUGUGCUGAUGGCCGGGCUGAGCUCUUGAAACAUGGUGCAGGUUUAGCGGUGGUUUCCAAGAAAAUCUUUCGUGUUUCACAGGUGGCAAGUUCAAGGGCUGUGAGGAUACUGCAUGCAGUGGCAAAGUUCUCUGGAAAUACGAGUGUAGUACACGAGAUGUUGCAGUUGGGGGUGGUGGGGAAACUAUGUUUCGUGUUACAAGUAGAGUGUGGGAGCAAGACCAGCGAGAAAGCUAGCGAGAUUCUGAAGAUGCAUGCUAGGGCUUGGAAGAAUUCCUCAUGUAUACUCUAUGAGUUGGUUUCUUCCUAUCCUUCUUAG